AUGAGCCCGUCGCCGUCCUCAUCUGGACUUCUCCCCAUGCCUGGAACACCGGCCUGGCGCGCGAGGAUCGCCAGCGUCUUUCGCAAUGCCGACGCCCACGUCUUGGUAGCCUUCUGGCUGUUUGGUCUCAUCAACAAUGUCCUCUACGUGAUCAUCCUGUCGGCCGCGCAGGACCUCAUCGGCAACCUGCCCAAGGGCAUCGUGCUCCUGGCCGACGUGAUGCCCUCCUUCGUGACCAAGCUCGUCGCCCCGUACUUUAUCCACCGCGUCCCCUACUCGGUGCGCGUCCUGAUAUUCGCCGGCCUCUCGGCCACGGGCAUGCUCCUCAUCGCCCUGACACCCGCCACCGGCGCCGUGCCCCUGAAGAUGCUGGGCGUCGUGCUCGCCAGCCUGAGCAGCGGCGGCGGCGAGCUGAGCUUCCUCGGCCUGACCCACUACUACGGCCACAUGAGCCUCGCCGCCUGGGGCAGCGGCACGGGCGGCGCCGGGCUGGCCGGCGCCGGGCUGUACGUGAUGCUCACCACCUGGAUGGGCUUCAGCGUCCGGGACAGCCUGCUGGCCUCGGCCUUCCUGCCCGCCGUCAUGCUGCUCAGCUUCUUCGUCGUCCUGCCCCGCGGGCCCCUGCGCCACGGCGCCGCCCCCAAGAGCUACGAGGCCCUCCCCGGCCGGGACCUGGCCGACGACGACGUCGACGUCGACGUCGACGACAUGCCCGCCGGCAGCGCGUCGUCCAGCCUGCUGGCCCCGGGCCCCGCCGUCGCCACCACGGCCUACUCGGCCCACCAUCACCCGGCGCCGCAGCACGGCGGCGGGUCCCUCGUGGCCCACCUGAGGCGCGCCAGGGCGCUGGUGGUGCCGUACAUGCUGCCGCUGUUCAUGGUCUACGUCGCCGAGUACACCAUCAACCAGGGCGUCUCGCCCACGCUGCUGUUCCCACUCGAGUCGUCCCCUUUUACCCGCCACCGCGACUUCUACCCCUUCUACAACUUCCUGUACCAGGUCGGCGUCUUCAUCUCGCGCUCGUCCACGCCCUUUGUGCGCAUCCACCACGUCUACAUCCCCUCCUUCCUGCAGGUCGGCAACCUCGUCCUGCUGGCGCUGCACGCCCUGCUCAACUUCAUCCCUUCCGUCUACAUCGUCUUCCUCGUCGUCUUCUGGGAGGGCCUGCUCGGCGGCGCCGUCUACGUGAACACCUUUGCCGAGAUCAUAGAGAACGUGCCCGUGGAGGACCGCGAGUUCAGCCUCGGCGCGACGUCCGUGGCCGAUAGCGCUGGCAUCUGCUUGGCUGGCUUCAUCAGCAUGGCGGUAGAGGUGUGGCUGUGUGACUGGCAGGUCCGGCAUGGGAGAGACUGGUGCAGGAACAUUGAAGUUGGCUGA